AUGGCGCCGAUGACGAUCCUGCAGCGGCAGGAAACGUCGCUAGAGGACAUCAUCGACUCGUGCCUCGCAGACAGCACGAAGGAGCGAUAUGAGUCAGGACUUCGCCAACUCAUCAAGUGGAUACACUUGACCGGUGGUACAGACCUGCUUAAAGACGACGGCAUGAUCGACCUGCGCGUUUUCCAGUACAUACACUUCGUCCAAUUCAUCGUGUGGGUGUACCAAAACACACCCGUCAAGGUCGAAACAAUGUCUGGGUACCGUGCUGCACUGCGGUGGUACUACAAGCGCGAAGACGUUGCGAUGCCUGUGGAGUACUCAACCAAGCUCAAAACCAAAUUUACAGGUAUGCACCGCUUGACAGCAACUGACGAGCAAACAUUGACCCUCAAGGAAUCGGGCAAACGGCCGCUUGGAUUCAGCAUGUACGAAGCCCUGUGCCAGGAGUCACUGAAGACAUCCGACAGCGGAUUUGUGCACCUGUACCUCGUGAUCUCGUGGAACUUGAUGGCGCGCUCCAAGUCAACCGAGACUAUCCACAUAAAGCGGACCAUCGGUCAUCAGCGUGUGUUUGCGGCUGGUGACCAGUUCGUUGGCCGUGUCGUUGCAGCCCUACCGCUCAAUAGCGCAGACUUUGCCGAACUACCACCCUACUUCGACAGCACUGACAACCCUGUAGUCACAAGCGCUGUCAGGUGCAUGUUCCCAGUUCUGUUCAAGACAGGGUCACUUAUCGGCGUCCUGAAGCUCGGUUUGGCAUCCAUCGUACACCACGCAGACUAUCUGCGCACGGCCCUCCCGGCAAACCAUCCAGUCCUCCACACCGCGAUCUUUCGAGACAACGCCAUGAUGUCAAGCCUCAAGGUGUUUGUGCGCACGACGUCGGCGACGCUGAAGCCAACAGGUUUGCCACCCUAUGUGGAAAUUUACCGUCAGCUCCACACCCAACAAUUGACUCUGGCAACCAUCACGAGCGAAGUCGUUGCUGGUGUUCGGAACCUUUUGGACGAAAAGGAGCUGGCGACGGGAACAGUGACUUCAGCCUACAUCGACAAACUCUUCUCGUCCAUCAUGGAGCGACUUGCAAGGGGCACGUCUGCACCUGAAGUGACGGUGGUGCACCACCAGCAUCCACGCCACCAGCACAUGUUGUACUCGUGGGGUGGCCGCCAGCACAAGCUCCCGGAGUCGUUCGCCUUCCCCAACGUGGACACAGCAACGGCUUGGGCUCUUUGGUGGCUGGGGAAGGACAGCGAGAUCCCCUUCCGCACGAUUGACCCGCACGACCUGGACACGAAGAAGCAAAGACGGAUUUUGUCAGAAUGGCGUUUUUUUAUGCAUAUCCUUUGGGAGUAUUACGUGGAGAUCAAGGGUACCGACGCGCCGAUCGACAGCACAGAGGAGGCAGUUGUCGAAGCGUUUGAGUGCGCUGUGCACGCGCUUGACCCCGUCAUCGAGAAGACACCAAACCAACGACAAAGACGUUUUGGACAGCUGAUGGUCGUGACCGUCGCUCGCAUCAUACGCGAGAAGAUUGGCGCGAAGACUAAAAGGGCGUAUUCGAAGCGUACAAGAAGUUAG